CAAAAUAUUAAUGCGACGACACUGCUCCAGCCUUUGCCCGAUCGAUAGCCGGCAAGCGAAGUCCAAUUUCCUUCAUAAAUCUGUCUCUCUCACAGAGCAACUCAUAAAAUCUUGCGAAGAAUGGAGGGCAAGCGAAAGCGCCCGUUCCUUGAAGACAUUGAAGACGAUGACAAAUCCAACAAGCAGAAGAAGGUUAGAUUUCCUAAAGGGAAGAAGGUGAAGAGUGUGGAUGAAAGAGUUGACAGGGGCAAAGCUGAAGAAGAAGGUCCAAGUGACUUGAAGGAUCCUCGUCUCGCAGCUAAGGAGCGUGCGAUGCUUCGCAGUCUGAUCACCGAUGAAGGUUUUAGUGGAGAUAUUAAUGAUGCCUCUGCUGCUGAAGUCGUUUAUGAGGAAAAUGAGAAUUUCGUGGAAGAUGGGAUUCAGAUAGAACCGUUUAAUCUCGAGAAAGAGAGAGAAGAAGGUUAUUUUGAUGCUGACGGAAAUUUCGUGGAAUAUAUAAAUGAAAAUGAAAUCAAGGAUGCGUGGCUGGAUAGUGUUCAAGUUCAUGAAAGAUAUGUUGGAAAAACCUCUGUGGCAAGUAUUAAUGAAGAUGAUGAGAAAGAUGAUGGCCGUGACCUAUCUUCUGAAGAAAUUGGAAUGAUGAAGAGCCGGAUUGCCAACUUGCUUGAGCCGGGAGAAACGGUUUUGCAAGCUUUGAGAAGGUUGAAAGGAAGAUCAAAUAAGAGCAAGGAGAAGAUGUCCACUGAGACACAACUUCUGUUUGACCAGCUAACUGAAGAUGCCAACAAGCUGUUGGAUCAUGGCGAGUACAAUGUAUAUCACGACAAGCAAGAGGUUUUCAAGCGUGAGGCAGAAGGAUAUGAAAGAUUAGCCAUAGCUAGGGGGAAGGUGGCAGCCAUCAGUGAAGGCCUAGAGGAUUCUGGUAAUGGCAUGGAGAAGGGCUUGUCCUCUGGUGUGACUGGUCUUGGUGCGGCCUCAUCAGCUCCCUCUGAGGGGGACGUGGGUCCUUCAAUCCCAAGUGUAUCUACUGCAGAGAUCUCAGGCUGUGAUGGUGAUGCAUUUGACAUGUUUGGGGAUGAUGAGGAUAAUGCCACUGCUAUUGCAAGUCAACCAUCAUCAGAUGGUCUUAAUGCCAUUUCUGGAGCUGGAUCUUUGCAAAAUGAUUAUGUCUAUGACGAGACUUCAGGUUACUACUACAGCAGCAGUUUGGGAUAUUAUUAUGACCCAUCUACAGGACUGUUCUGCCAGGCAACAUCAGGGCAAUGGUACUCCUAUAACGAGGAAACCGGCACGUACAGUGAAAUUCAGGAGGUUGCAUCCAAUGCAAACUAAAGCAACUGAUUUUGUUACUUGUUUGAGGAGAGUCUGUACAGGUUUAAAGUGACUCUGAAAUCAGGUAUCUGAUAGAUCUGACAUAACCUCUGUUCUUAAUGCUAGUGGUCUGACCCAUGGACUGAUCUUUCAUUUUGGUAGAUGAGCUGAAAUUUAUACAAGCGUAUCUUAACUUAUUACAAAUUUCUGGAGAUUUGCAUCCCAUCAAUUGGAUGGCUUCCCUUUGGGUUUGACAUCCAUUAUUGAGGGAUCCACUCUCUUGUUUGGAA